AUGACGCGCCUCCGAGUACGCAAAGAUGCAACAAGGUACGGCGAGCUGGUGGCGUCGCUGCAGCGGCUGCAGCUGCAGCUGAAGAAGUCUGCGGGCGCGGGCGGGGCGGGCGCGGCGGCGCUGCUGUCGCCGCUGGAGGCGCAGCUGGCGGCGGUGCACGCGCUGCUGCUGUCGCCGCAGUUCGGACGCGCGCUCGCCGUGCACAACGCCCUGCAGCAGGCG